GUUACCGCCAAGGUCGCUGUGUCGUGUUCGCAGAUAAAGCGAGCAUCGCCGAGUCACUGCAGUUACACCACCCGCAGACUGGAUGAGAAUCUCAAACAAGACAGCACCCUGAGAGAGCCGCUUACAUGAGCCCCGCAGGUUGAUUCGAAUUGUAAUCUGCGAUAUUUCCUCUGUGUGUGUGUUUUUUUUUUGAACGUUUAUCUACCCACGAGAGUUAUCAGUCAACGUUUGACCUUGUCAAAAUAUUUCUUCAAUGGACGGGCUCUCCAUCAACAUGCUAUCGCUGUUCAUCGCACUCCUAAUCUUGGUCAGUUUGAGUCCUCCGACGCUCUGCCACCUGCUCCCAGUUUCUGAAGGAGAUGCCGCCCAGACAUCCAGCUCAUCCAACAGUGGCAGUGCUAAUGAGACGGCAGUGCAGGAGGUGAAGAGCUUCCUGCUCCGUGCGUUAAACCUGCAGCACAUUCCCCGGACUCAGCUGGACACAGUCAGGCAACUGCGAAUGAUCUGGAGGGCCAGGCUACAGGCAACGUCGCUGAACCUCCGACAGUCUUCAUCACAACCACAGCAGCAGCAGCAUGUUGCGAACACCACGCAAUCCCAGAGCGGGGCGUUGGCCACACGAGACAACAAAACGACAGCAACUUCACCGAAAGUAUGCUGCCAAACCGCAGCUCAAAUCUCGCUCGCAGACCUGGGCUGGGAACAUUGGAUUCUGUACCCGGAACAGAUUACAUAUGUGGCCUGUGCCAGCUGCAGGCACACACGAGAUCUGGUGUCUCUCCGCUGUCGCCAAGACCGACCUUCCACGGGAUCGAAAACUGGCAGGAGGAGCUGCUGCAAAGCCGUGAAGACAACAUGGAUCCCGAUUGUCUACGUGGAUGAAGAUCUGUCCCUGGUCACGAGCAACAUCCCACUGACUGAAGAAUGCGGCUGGUAGACAGCAAGCAAAGAGCUUGUGGGGUGGACAGCUCCCCUCUCUGUUAACAAACAUCUAUUCCGUGUUGGUCAGAAUACAGACACAAUGACCACGCGUAGACAUUUGAGAAAAAAAUAUGUAUAUUUCAACAGUAGAGUCUCUGGGACCAAGUUUCCCCCAAGAGCGAAUGUGGUAGCUCUGGGGAGCAGUGGAACUUGACCAGGAGUGAUAUUGGCACAGGGAGGGAAGGUGCAGAUUAAUGUGAUGGGGGCAGGGAGGUAGUGAGCAUGGGCUGGCUGUGAGGUGUAUCAAGAGAUAAAUGUGUGCUUGCAGAAUACAGAUCUUUUACAAAUUCAUGUCUGGAAAGUGAAAUGAAUCGUGUGUUUGGGGAUUGGUUCUGUAGAAUGCCAUCAGAUCCUUUUGCUAGUCAAUGUGACAUAGUCACUGACCCCGUUCCCUUCAUCUGUCAGUUUCUCAUUCUCUACUCGUGCCUUUCUUUCACAUAUCCCACCCUCACCAUGAUCUCCUCUCCCCACUUCACUCGUCCCAAAUCCCCAACCAGUCUUCUCAUCCCCAUUAUGUCUUUCUGCACCCCACUCCUUUCACCACUCACCCCUGCUCUCCCUCAACCUCCCAUACACACCUGCUCCCCUCCCCUCUCAUACACCCUGCUCUCCCCCUCCCCUCAUAAACCCCUGCUCAACCCUCACACACUGCUGUCUCUGCCCCAUACACAUCCCUGCUCUCCCCCAAUAUCCGACUCCCCUCCCCCUGUCUACCCCUGUUCUCCCUGUCAUACACAUCCCUGCUCAUUCUCACAAGACUUCCCCUCCCACUCUGUUCUCUAUGCCCACCCACCCACAUUGCUCCCUCCAUUCUUACCCUUCCCUGCCAUCUCUCCAGUCUCUCAAUCCCCUGUCCAGUGCUCGGUCAUCUCCUGCUACCACCCACUACACAGCCUGCUGUUAUCAUCCACUCACACUCUCAAAGGUGCAUUACUUCCCAAACACCCAGGAUCUCUGAAGAACCCACCUCCCUUCCGACUUCUAAGUCCUUCAAGGCUGAGGCACAGCUUCAGCUCCAGGAGCACUUUCUCCGGCUUUGAUUGGACAUAAUAACUACAAAAGAUGGUCUCUCAACACUCAAUACCUGUCAUUUAGACUGCCAAGUGUCUCAGCCAUUUCUGACCUUCUGACCAUCUGACAUUCUCUCUGAUAGUCUUCUCAGUGGCAACCCCUGCUCAUACUGCAGAAAACUAACCUUUAAUCAAAAAAUUUUGGGUUUUCCAACCAUAAGAAUGCCAUUCAGCCCAUUGAGUCUGCUCUGCCUUUCAAUGAGAUCAUGGCUGAUCUGAUAAUCUUCAGCUCCACUUGCAUGCUUUCUCCUCCUGAUCCUUGAUUCUCUUACUGAUUAAAACUUUACAUCAGACUUGAAUAUACUUCAUGACCCAGCCUCAACAGAAGAAUCAUACCCCCAGAGGGAAAAUAAUCCUCAUCAGUAUCGAUAACCUCUGAGAUUAUACCCUCUGGUCUGAGACUUUCCCACGUUGAAAAAAGUGCAGUAUCUAUCCAGUUAUACUCCCCAUGAGCCUGGUCUGUUUCAAUACAGUUGCUUCUUAUUCUUCUAAAUCCAAUGAGUACAGGCCUAAUCUACUCAACCUCUCCUCAUAAAAGAUUCCCUCCUUCCCUGUGAUCUGCUCAUGAACAUUCUCUGGACUGCCUCCAAUGCCAGUCUACCUUCCCUUGGAUAGAGGUCUCAAACUGUUCAAGUGUUCCAGUUGUAGUCUGAUUAGUGCCAUGUAUAGAUUUUUAAUCGAGCCUCUCUAUUUUUAUACUCUAUUCCCUUUUUGAUUAAAGGCCAACAUCCUACAA